UAUAAUGUUUCAAUGAUCUUACAAAGACAACCAAGAGAUUUAUAAAAAGCCAAGUGACUCCCAUUAAACCUCAACAAUGGCGAAAAUGGCUAAAACUGUUACAUUCUCUUCCUUUUCUUCUUUAUCAAACCUUUCAUCUCUUCCUUCUUUCAAUUCUCUUCCUGCUUCUCCACUCAGUACCCAAACCUUUUCUAAGUCCAUGAUGGAGGAAGCCUUAGAGUCCGCAGAGUCAAUCAUCAGGAAAUGGGAUCCUAACUCACAGUCAUACACCAAGAUCAUCUCUCUGUUCAGACACAGCAGAAAAGAAGCCAAAGAAUUCAUCAGAUGCGUCCGUGACUUACGCAAGGCCAUGCACUUUCUUGUCUCUCAAGACUCCAAAUCUGACAAGCUUGUCCUUGCGCAGAGCCUGAUGCAGAUCGGCAUGUCCACGCUGGAGAAAGAGUUCUUUCAGAUACUGUCUUCUAACCGAGACCAUCUUGAUCCUGACUCAGCCUCUGGUCAGUCCACAAUAUCUAGCAAUUCAGAGUUCGAAGUUUAUAUGGAACAUGAUGAUGAUGAAGAUGAUGAGCUUAAGAAGGCGGGUGAAUCCAUCUCUCAGGUGGAGAAAGCCUCAGCUCUGGUAAUGACAGACUUAAAGGUCAUAGCAGAGACUAUGAUCAGCUGUGGUUAUGGUAAAGAGUGCAUAAAAAGCUACAAGUUGAUUAGAAAGUCUAUUGUUGAUGAAGGGCUACACUUGCUUGGGAUUGAGAAGGUCAAGACCUCCCAGUUCCAUAAAAUGGACUGGGGAGUCCUCGAGGUUAUGAUCAAGAACUGGAUCAAAGCUGCCAAGAUUGGAGUCACAACACUCUUCAAAGGAGAAAAGCUUCUCUGCGAUCAUGUCUUCUCUGCAUCCCUCACGAUAGGACAGUCUUGCUUUAACCAGAUAGCAAAGGAAGCAGGUCUCAAUCUUUUCACGUUGCCUGAACUCGUAUCCCACAAGGAGAAGAAACAGCACCACCAUGAGAGGAUCUUCAAGCUGAUGGAUCUCUAUGCAGCUAUCUCUGACCUUUGGCCAGACAUAGAAAUGAUAUUCAGCUUUGAUUCAUUAGCUUCUGUGAAGACUCUUGUCCUCUCAACGCUCAAGAAACUCAAGGACUCUAUCCAGACGUGUCUCAAGGAGUUCGAGACAACGAUACAUAAAGAUUCUUCUAAAGAACUUUCCCCUGAAGGAGGGGUUCACAAGCUGACUCGGACAACGAUGAGUUUCAUAUCAUCGUUGUCCGAAUACAGCCGUGUGUUGUCUGAGAUUCUCGCAGAGAAUCCUCUUAAGAAAAACUCUCGCUUGCUAGAAUCUUACUUCACGGCUCCCAUCUUGGAAGAUGAACACGUCAACAACCAAGUCUGCUCCGUCCAUAUUGCUUGGCUCAUACUUGUUUUCCUAUGCAAGCUAGACACCAAAGCAGAGAGUUACAAUGAUGUGUCUCUCUCUUACAUCUUCCUUGUGAACAACCUUCAGUUUGUUAUUGAUACAGUUCGUUCAAGUCAACUCAAGAACCUCAUAGGAGACGAUUGGCUCACCAAGCACGAGGCAAAACUAAAAAGCUAUGCUGAAAAGUACGAGAAAGCAGCUUGGACUAAUGUUUUUGUAUCACUACCUGCGAAAACAAGUGCCAAGCUAUCACCAGAGGAGGCCACUACAUGUUUCAAGAGGUUUCAUGCAGCAUUCGCAGGAGCAUACUUGAAACAAUCAUCAUGUAUUAUAGUGGAUGCUAGGCUUAGGGACGAGCUUAAGGUUUCUAUAGCGAGGAAACUUGUACCGGAGUACAGAGAGUUUUACGAGAAGUACUUGCCAAUGCUGAGGCAGGACAGAAACAUAGAGAUGUUGGUGUGUUUUAAGCCUGAUAACUUGGAGAAUUAUCUCUCGGAUCUUUUCCAUGGAACACCAAUGCUCAGUGGCUCUUCUCAUUCUGCUGCUUCUGCUUCUGCUUCUUUGUCUUCUCCAUCUUGUUUCUCAAUUAGAUGUGUAAAACACUAAAUCUCGCAGUAAGAAGAUUGUCUCAGAGAGAAUAUGUAUGCAUACAAGUUUCAUGAAUAUUGAUGCAUUGCCUUUCUUGUCACUA